GAGAACCAAAUUAUUCGUUUACCCAUCUCAAAGAGGCACAGUGCUGAAAGGAGAGAGAAAGCCAGAGAGAAGAAAGAGAAAGCUAGACGAUUAGCUUUUCAAAAUUAUUUGUGAAGAUCAAUCUACGGUUUGAACUUCUCAUCUCUCUCUGUAGAAAUAUUUGCUGAAAUCGAGGAUUUUCAUGGAAGAAGAUGAACAGUAGAAGAGAAAGUAAAUGAAACAAGGAGUUUCCUAAACUAUUCCAUUUUAUGAAUUAGUGGUUUGAUUCCACCAAUGAUUUACAUAUAGCUAGGGAAAUAGAGUACACAGUUUUUUUUGUCUUUCUUCAAAUUCUGGUCUUCAAAGGCAAGUGUAGAAGCUCCAAAUUAAAGUGGAAGAAGGUAGAUAUGGAUUUGAGGGUGGAAGAAAGAGAUGAUUCUGAAUGUUCCAAGACAAGCCCUUCUAAGGAAGAUGGUUGUGAAAUGAGUGAAGAAGAUGAAAGUAAGCAAAACACCAACAACAAUGGAGGGAGCUCAAGCAACAGCACUGUGGAAGAGAAUGACAAGAAGGGAUCAGUGAGGCCUUAUGUUAGAUCCAAGUUGCCGAGGCUACGUUGGACCCCUGAUCUUCAUCUUCGCUUUCUCCAUGCCGUUCAAAGACUUGGAGGACAAGAGAGAGCAACACCAAAGUUGGUUCUUCAGUUGAUGAAUAUCAAGGGUUUAAGCAUUGCUCAUGUCAAGAGUCAUUUACAGAUGUACAGGAGCAAGAAGAUUUCUGAUACUAGUCAAGAAAGUGGAGACAGAAAUGUUUAUAAUCUUAGCCAACUUCCCAUGCUUCAAGGCUAUAAUCCAAGCCAAAGUUCAUCAUAUAGGUGUGGAUAUGGGGAUGCUUCUUUUGCCAUGUAUGAGAACAUGCUACAUAGGCCUUUCAUGGGUCGAGGUUCAGCAGAUAAAUCCAUGGCUGAAUUUCAUGGAAGAAUGAUUGAGAGUAUCCAUGGGAUAAAUAGUAACAUCAAUUGGACUAAUAGUACUCUUUUUCAAGUGCAUCCUUCCAACUUCAGUGAACCAUCAACAACUAAAGUUCAUGAACUACAAGAUAAAUUUCUCUCAUUUGGUAGCUAUGGAUCACAAGUAAGCUUGAGUCAGAUUGAUCUCCAUCCAUCACCCCAAGUGAAGCCAAGUGCACAAGAGCUCAUGCCUAUUACUAAGCCUGCAAAUUCAGUGGAAAAGACCCUGAAAAGGAAGGUUUCGGAUAUUGAUCUUGACUUAGAUCUGUCACUUAAAUUAAGUUCAAGGAACCAAGAAAGCAUAGAGGACCAUAAAGUUGAUAGCAACCUAUCACUCUCUUUGUUUUCUCAAUCCUCUACCUCCUCUUAUCUUAGCAGAAGGCUGAAAGAAACACCAGAUUUUUCUACGGAGCAAAGGAAAAAACGCGCCAGUAAUGCUCUGGAUCUGAGUAUUUGAUGAAUGAGACAUAUUCUAAGUGAGAUCCUGAGGUACCUGUCAACGAUGUACCAAAGUCGAUUCCUUUGUCCCCAUUUGUUGUUUCCUUCUUUGUCCUAUCAAUAAAAUUAUGUCAAAUAGACAUUAGCACGACUCUUAUAAACUUAAAAGAGCGGUCUAUUGACGUAGGACAGAGAAUGAGACAUCAAAUAGAGAACACUGGUUACUAGUGUGUCAAUCAUGCAUAUAUUGUAACCAAAUUAUUACACUUAUCUGACACAAUAAUAUUUUAUC